GGGGAGAGAUUUUGCGGGAGCACAGGUUCUCGUGUUGUCUGGUGCGUGGGAAUGGAGGAAUGGACGAAAAGGUUAUUACAGUAACGUAGAGGAGGUUAGAUGAUUGGUGGAAAAGGUCUAGAGAAGUUGAUAUUAUACAAAAUUCGGGAUAUAUGCUUAUUAACAAGGGACAAAAUUUAAUGCAAAAUUUGUAAACUGAUAUAAACUAGGCUAGGCGGCGCAAGCUGCCGCUUUUACGUACCGGAAGCACUAGACGUAGAAGCCCGAAAGCCCCGAAAGAGUUCCGAUUCCGAUCCGAAGUUCGCGACAUAUCCAACCCCAACCGACCCCAGCCAGCCCCAACCGUGCCCCAACUGCCCCAACUCCCUCCCUACUCGUGAUCUCUAUGCCCUACUCGUGUCACCGACGUCACCCGUUGUUCACCUCGUCACCGGCCCAGAGAUAACGAGACGUUUGAGCUUUGAGCGCCGUGAAUUUCGAACUCUCGGCGCCUGUCACCGUCCGUCGCUUCCGCAGCGCGCCUUUGACAACUUUGUGUGUAGUGCUUCAAAAACUCGUCGCCCCUGGCUGGCUCGGGCGGACCUUGCUCGAAACAUGGCGGAGUUCCGAGCCAAGGACAUCGGACUGCGUGCCCAGAAGAAACUGCUGAGUCGCAUGAGCAACAAGACGGUGGCCAAGGCCUUCAUCGAUGACGUGUCGGCUGGUCUCCUGGACAGCCUGUACCGUCUGGUCAAGCAGCUCACGGGGAACAAGAAGGACGCUGAGAAGCUGACCAAGAACAUGAUCAAGAUGGUGGUGAAAGUUGGCGUGCUCCAUCGCAACGAGCAGUUCUCGCCGGAGGAGCUCCAGCUCGGACGGGACCUCCAGCGCAAGCUGCGUUCCCUCGCCAUGUCGGUGGUGAGCUUCCACGAAGUGGACUACUCGUACGACCGGCAGUACCUGCUGGGCGCCGUGCAGGAGUGCGGCGCCCUCCUCAAGGACUUGGUGCGGCACCACCUCACCCCCAAGUCGCUGGUGAGGGUGGAUCACGUGUUUGGCUUUUUCGGAACACCCGAGACGCUGGAUGCCGUGUUCCGGGCGGACAGCGUCCAUCGGGACUCCCUCGCAAGGGUGGUGGCAGACCUGCACAAGGCGCUUGACCAGGGUAGCCUCUGAGAAGGGUUUCCUUAGAGCUAAACUGCCAGUUGCUUUGAAGCUUCUGCAAUCGCUUCAAAAUUUUUGUUACCGUGGCACCGGUUCCCACCUCCAUCCCAUCCUCGUCGCCACUUUUGUUGCGAAUUCCAGCCUGCUAGCAACUCAUAGACGUCACAUUUAGGACUUUCGUGACACCGAGUCACAACUGUGUACUAUCGCGAUCGGUAUGACUUGAAAUACCCGAUUCGGCCUCUUUCUGCAUCUCCUGUCUCCACAAGCUCUGUGAUCUCUCUAUUUGUGAGGAGUCUAAAAUAUGCAACAUCAACUUUGCAUACCAUUCCUACACUCAUCUUCCCCUCAAGAACCGUAGUAAAAAUGUCCGGCUUCACACGGAGCAUUACUAUUUCCCCCUUUUAUGUAGAUAAUUGAGAUAUGUGUAGGUGCAUUUUAGAUUAGAUGUACGUCGUCUUAUCAAAACGUGCACUUUUCAAAUGCCAAAAGCAUUGCUUCUUCCUCCGAUAACCAAAUCUUGUAACAACUACUCUGCGUGGCGUAAGAACGGUGUGCAAAACUUCCUUUUUUUCUUGAGGUGAAAACGAGUAUAGUUCCAACCACAACUCUCUCAAAACCUGGCAGAUACACCAAAGAAGCACGAAGGACAGUUUAGGCUCAUAUUGAAUGCGGAAGUACACACCAACAAUCGCAGCGUGGGCAUAGUUCGACCAGGCUCUCGCACCUGCACUUUGCUUGUCUUCGUCGUCGCUAAAAAUCUCGCUUCUGGGAUAUGGCGGAGCGGUUCUUUCUGUCAAGCGGAGGACAAUGAAACGAGUCCUGGAGGCUGCCGUUUCAGCGUAGCCUCUUGAAAACUGGGUCUUAAUGCCCUGCUAUACUUUGUUUUGCUUUGCAAUAGACCGUGGGAGACGCUACGAGCUGACAAAGCCAAUCCAAAGCCAUGUGAAUGUCAAGUGACCUUCAGGAGGCUGCAGCAGUGCGCGGGUAUGUAGUCGUGUGAAACGUUCGCUGCACUGGAUUGGCUUGGAUAGCUCUUUGCAUCCGCUACUAUCUGUCGUAAGGUGAAACGGAGUGUGUGAGGGCGCUCAAGGAGGUAGUCGCUCCAUUAUAUCUCAGUCGAGGCAGUCGGUCGUUUGUUACCCUGUCUCCAAGAUUGCGUUGCCUGGCUUGGGACGUACUCCCCAAAAUAUAGCCUCGUAAGUCUGUGCCUUGGUGUAACCUAUCCUCCAUGGCAGUUGGUGUUCCGCAAACUGUUCAAGCACACAACUCUAGAGUCACCUCCAAAGGGUAGACUCACAAUCAUGUGCCUUAUAACUACGUCUCCACGAACGGCGGAUAAGGUGUAUAGUUUAGGAGGGUUGUGUUGGGAAUGAAGCCAGUCUUGCCUCUAAGUGAAAUUGCAGGGGACGUGCCAGGGGAAAACAUUUUUUUUGUUAUUUACGAUAACUGAAUUAAAUCUUUACAGUUUGUAGUGCUUGAUUUCCUUUUUAUAAAUCUGGUGUUGGUUUUAAUAUAGCUUGUUUUUAUGUUCUGGAUGCUAUGCAGAAAAAAAAAACAUUCUUGCACUCACAUGGGGCAUGGCAACACGCCUAAAAGGGCCUAGUAAAAUAAUCUGAUUUGCUCCUUUUAAGCCACUGGGUGCAAUGAAGAAAAAUAAUGUGUGCAGUACCUAUUUAAUUCUAAAAUAACUAAAAAUCACAAAAACUCUUUUUUCCAAAGGGCUAAUGAAAGUGUCUUAAAUUUUUCAUAAAUAUAAAAAAAAUAUACAUUCUUACCAAACCUUCAUAGUUGUAUUUUACAUAUCCUAAAGCAUAUGUAUGCCAAGUUUAGUGGUGAUAGGACAAAGUUAAGAACAAAUAUACUUGUGUGCAAACUGCGAAGAUGCCCCAAAAUUAGACAGAUAAACACGUUCAAAUGUUAUCACGAUGUGUAGCGACACUCUUUCUCGACGGGAAAAGGAAUUUUUUGUUAAUAAUUUUCUGAGAGAAAUUAAGCUACAUGAGACUGCAAUGGAGGGGAGGUGGCUAGGCCCACUUCUCAACAUAAAUGUGAUGGCGGGCGACGUCACAAUUUGAAGAACCACACACACAAAAAUGGCUUACAAUUUAUGCCGUUCUGGGCUGCCGGGAGUUCAUGUGCGUAUCUAACUAAUUUCACGAUCAUAACUGACCCUUAUUAUUUUUAUAUUUAACAUAUAACGACUAAAAAAUAAUAAAACACCAUAAAACCCAAAAUGAUUGUUUAAAAUAUAUUUACGUUUUUCAACCAGCACCUCCCCUUAGACUUUUUUUUUUUGUGUGUGUUUGUGUGUGUCACAAGAGGUGCCUUGUCUUAGGGUGUGCACUAAGAAAAUAUCAUAAAAGAAUUGUCUCAGACUUCAAUGGCGAGCAGUGUCUCCUGAGGGAUACCUCCGAGGUCUGCAAAACCAGGAAAUCAUACAGGACUAUGCACUUACUUAACCUAGAAGAAAUCUCAGACUAUGUUCUUUUGCACUGCCCAUUGUCUUUAAAGCCACUAAAGAUGGCAUUGACUGCCGCUCCAAGUAACCCUAUGACACCGUACAUACCGCUCGGUUAGCCUGUUGCAGUACGUGGAGCAUUCUCAAAGGGACCGUUUUCUCAGAGGUUACUCUGGUCAAGCCACAACCUGGACCUUGGAUCGAAAGAAUUGUCCAUGUGGCUACCUUUAUAGUUGGGCCAUCUUGUUGAUGCAUGCUGUCUAGAUAACCUUGGAGGGAUUGUAUCCGGUGUUUCCUAAAUGUGGGCCUUUGGGGCAUUCAUCCUUACAAGCUCUGCACUGCCCAAGAAGCAACCAAUGUGCAAGCCCUCAUUAUGCGUGGCACAAUUUCUGUAAAUGCCUCGAAACAUGUGGCCUAUCUCGAAUGGUGUCUGAAAGAGUAACCCCUUAUAGACCUUUUACUAAAUCACCCAAGCACAAAGGAGCAUGCUGCGAGUAGUUGAGUGUGCUGCAAGUGCUGGCAUCUGCAGUGGUAAAUGUUCUAAAGCAAAAGCCUCAAACAAGUCGCAUUUUGCGUGUGCAUUCGUCAACACCGUAUUUUGAAUAUUUAUUUUAGACCUUUGAUACUAGUAGUGCAAGCACAUGCAGUGUGUGUGUAUGUUUCAGGCUUUCUCCUUGGUGCUUGGAUAAUUUGGCAAAAAGUCUAUGCGAAGCGCAAGUUCAUCUGCUUCUUGAACAGGGGUUGCGAUGAUGUCAGAACGCGAGAUCUUAUUGUCUGAUUUAAAAAAAUAGUGGGUAAACCUCGAGGCAUCUAGCAUUGAGAUCUACCCACUAUCUUUCCGAUCAAAGCCAAUCGGAGUUUGGCGUCGUCCUGACAUCGCUGCAACCCUUGUGCAAGAAUCGGACGACUUGCUCUCCACAUUGGUGUCUGCAUCUCCAAGUAGUUAGUCCUAACCUGUACGGCAAUAAUAUAAGCCUGCUCGCUCUUUACAUUUUUCCCCAGUUUCUGCGACACCGGUGCCAAUAUUUUAUCUUUCCAAAGUGUCCUUGUGCCUUUUUGGCAGAAACCAGACGCUUGUCUUCCUGCACACAAUUUCAAUGCACCCUACUGUGUACACUUGGUGGUAUCGUGUGCCGUGUCACAGUGUAGCGUGUGAAACACCAUGUGCACUUCAUAUGGUAUUGUGUGCGGCAUUUUGGUAUACGUUGCUAUAUACCGCGUGCAAGUUCCACGGUGCUGUGUACUGUAUGCCCUUUUUUUUUAUAUUAUGCACUGCAUCUUGGUACACGGUGCCUUGUACACAAUUUGUACAAAGAACUUGCAAGCAAGCCUGUCCUCACUGCUCAAACAACUACUAUAUACAAACCAGUGCUUUGUGCCACCUUCCUUACUGCCGUUUUCGAACAAACCACGGGCAGGCCUUUACGCCCGUUCGAAGCGUUUGUCUUCCUCACGGCCGUCUCUGCGGUCGUUUGCGGCAGAUCUGGUCGCGAUGCUCAACUGUGGAUGUUCGGGUCGCCUGUCAGUAUGCUCCCGAUGCACCCACAGUCAAGUCACACUAAUGCUUGUCUCGCAAGUGUCUAUGGAGUGGUGAUUACUUUACUACCACUUAAGACAACUCUCUUUAUGUUGUUUCACACACAUUCCUUCAUAUUAAUAUUAUUAUUAUUAGUGUGCAUUUCGUGCAACUCUUGGUUCGCACUCGAGCACACUGAAACGUGGAUGUGUGAACCAGCCUUUACACACGUGCUUUGUAGCUACUCAUCACGCACCUUGUGCCUGUGUUCUUGUGAACAAGUUUUCUCAUUUAUGCAAUGUGCCACCGUCGUGCCAGUGACGUGCAUUUACUUCUCGUUUUAGUCCAAGCGACGCUGUUUCACAUUUGGACGUUCCGCGAGUGUACUUAAAGCUCACAGCACUGCGAGGCUCCUCAACUGUAGGUUUCUUUAGGACGUCAAUGCUAGUCUUUGAAUCCGCUGCAUUUAUAUUUGUGUUUGCUAAUUGUUAUAUUAUUUUAUUGAUUAUGAAGUAACCUGUAUAUAUAUAUAGUUUCUGGAAGUUUUCGUCUUGCUCACGCACCGGCGCAAGCUGCUUCUGUGAGCGUGUGUGACGAGUCUGUGAUUGUGUCACCGUUUGUACUAAACUGGUCCCAGAGAAUUGUCCUGACAAUAUGCUGCCAGCAUUUAUACUUAUGUAAAGGUGUUUCUUUUUUUUACACUGGAGCAUUUUUGCGGUUACCAUGUGAACUUAAUAAAUGGAAAGGUUGCGUUUGUAGAAAGCAUGGUUGAUGUACGUUCUUGGAGUUUUCACUUUUAAAAAACCCCAACCUGUUUGCGUCCUACCUGCAGGAAGUGAAUUUGGUUGUCUUUUUUUAAGUUCAAUAGAAGUGAUGCUGUGAAACUUCGAAAAAAUGUGAAUGUUUUGAUACUAAACAAAUGCGCUGUUCUUUCAACAAAAUUUGGGAAUCGGUUCAGUUAUUUUAAUUGUUGUGUCUCUUAGGGAAUGAAGUAGUAAGCUGGGCUCUCUUAGGGAGGCAGUGAAGGAUUCAGUGCACGGGCCUUCUGUUUGGGUAAACACUGAGCGCUGUAGAGAACAAGUUGGAUAAGGCACUCCCUGUAGUUCAGUGUCCCCGUAAAAAAGCAGCGACAUUACUCUUGCUUCAUUGGUACUACUGUGCUGAAUGCAUUGAUUAAACAUGCUUUGCAUUAGUGGAAACAUCACAGGUUUUAAUAAUAAACGAGAAAAAUAGCUUCUUAUUUUGGAGAUAGGUCCUAGAUUUAACCGGUCGGACUGUUAUUUCUUUGUUGUGGUGUCCUUGUCCGUAAUGAAGUUUUCCUGUUUCCGCAGCCUUUUGGAGCUUGUAGCUGAAAAGGGAAAAAAACAGCUGCUACAUCAUGACGUUACAAAACUUGACCAAUCUUUGAAAUAUUUUGAGAUCAUUUCAACUUUGUGCUGUUAACUUAGUCUAAUCCAUUCUGUUUCGUGCUUGAUUAACAGCUUUAAUUGCAGUAUCAUUGGUGACACGACACCAGCUGCGAGGCUGCUGCUUAAUAUUCCACUGCCUCUUCAUUGUCACCAUAUUGGUAAGCUUGAGAUAAAGAUCUGAUAACCACUUGGCAGUAAAUACUUUUAGGAUUUGGUUAAGAAAACAGGCCUUCGACAUAUUCAGUCCACACUUCUGCCUGGUGUGCCUUGUAAUGUGGAAUGAGGGAAGAUUUUGGCUGGUCUGUAACCUCAUGUUCAAAUAAAGGCAAUUGUUUUUAAUUUGAG